AUCAUUUAACCAUUUUCAUGUUUCUUAGGAACAUGUGUCAGCAACUAGAAAUCCAAUUAACAUGGCCUAACAAUUUUGGGUGUAGCGUUUAGAGGGAGGAGUGGUCGAUGCGAAGUUAAGAAUAGACCGUUGAUUAAGAAAUAUGGAGUAGAAGGAGGAAGAAUGUGAAGGAGACGAAGAGAACCCAAAACACCAAGCUUUUAACAUUUCUUCCGCUUCUCCUUCAAACCAUCUCUUUCUUCUACUAUCAAAAUUCUCGCUUUAUAUAUACAUAAAUAACAAAACCUAUUUUUUUUCCUUCUGGUAUUAGUCAUCGUAGGUCUGGUCAAUCUCCGUCAAACUCUUUCACGGCUAUAUAUCGUACGCUGCGGAUUUUCUCCGGCUAAUAUUUUCUAUAUCCAUUUGAUUUUUUGUUUUUUUGGGGCCUUUGAGUUUGGGAAGAAACACCUCCAUGGAUUCUCAGGUCUUGGUGGCUCUCGCACUCUCACUUGUAGGUGGGCUCAGUACUUCUUUGGGUGCCCUUUUUGUAAUUAUCAGUCAGGCUCCCAAUUUGAAGGUGCUUGGACUUUUGCAGGCUUUUGCUGCAGGUCUUAUGCUGAGCAUAUCCUUUCUAGAUUUAGCUCACAAUGCAAUCAACUCAAUUGGCUUCUUAAAAGGCAAUAUAUGGUUUUUUGCGGGUGUCGUUUUCUUUGCCAUUAUCGCCAACUUUAUUCCAGAACCAACACUUGCUCCUAUUUCUGAUGGAAAGAGUAAAAAGAAAAAUGGGGAUGAAGGGGGAAAGGACAUAAUGAAAAAGCAUCGGCGUCAAGUUCUAUACAGUGGGAUUAUUACAGCAAUAGGCAUAAGCUUGCAUAAUUUUCCAGAAGGAAUGGCAGUGUUCCUAGGAUCUAUCAAGGGCCUCCGAGUUGGUAUCAAUUUGGCCUUAGCCAUUGCUCUGCACAACAUCCCUGAGGGUGUUGCCGUUGCACUUCCUGUUUACUUUGCAACACAAAGCAAAUGGGAGGCAUUCAAAUUGGCAACACUUUCUGGUUUUGCUGAACCCCUGGGUGUUAUAAUUGUAGCCUAUCUAUUCCCAAGCAGCUUGAGUCCUGAAAUUCUUGAAGGCUUGCUUGGAGCAGUUGGUGGGGUGAUGGCUUUUCUUACUCUGCAUGAGAUGUUGCCCUUGGCAUUUGAGUAUGCAGGGCAGAAGCAAGCGGUUAAGGCUGUGUUCUUGGGAAUGGCUUUUAUGUCUGCAAGUCUGUAUUUUCUUGAAAUCAGCUUACCUGAGGAGAUGAGCUUGUAGAUGGUGGUGCUUUCAUAACGUUGUACUGUCUCCCAACCCAACUGGUACCUGCUUUUGUUUUACCGGCAUUGAAGACCUGUACUGGUUGGUUGUCAGCUUCUUAUAAAUGCAUCUGAUGUCAGCUCCAAGGUAUAAUUGUCUCUGUAGCUUGUAACUAAUGUAACAGAAAUAUAUUCACUAUUUGUCCUUUUUUCCCCCCCCUGGUCCUACACUGGAAUAAAUGAGAAUUGAAAAAUAUAGAUUGUGUGGAACUUGAUUUAUUCAAUGAAAUUUCCUUGUUUACUA